AUCUUUUUCUGCAGCUUCCUACUUGCAUUGGUAUUUGAAGAAAACUGAAUUGGAUCAUUUAAAUCGUGCACAGGAUCAUCUGGACAGCAUACUACUCUGCAAUGGAUUCCUCUGAACUUGACUAUUAUAAAAAUUUCGGUGAAAUCCAUGGAAUGAUACUGUAUAAAGACUUUAUCAAAUAUUGGGAUAAUGUGGAAACAUUCCAGGCAAGACCAGAUGAUAUUGUCAUUGUUACCUAUCCUAAAUCUGGUACAACCUGGGUUAGUGAAAUUGUAUACAUGAUCUAUAACGAGGGUGAUGUGGAAAAGUGCAAAGAUGCAAUUUUCAAUCGAAUACCUUUCCUGGAAUGCAGAAAUGAAGAGUUUAUGAAUGGAGUAAAACAAUUAAAAGAGAUGACAUCUCCUAGAAUAGUGAAGACACAUCUGCCCACUGAACUUCUUCCAGCUUCAUUUUGGGAAAAGAACUGCAAGAUGAUCUAUCUUUGCCGGAAUGCCAAAGAUGUGGCUGUUUCUUAUUAUUAUUUCUUCCUAAUGGUACCUGUCCAUCCAAAUCCUGGAACAUUUCCAGAGUUUGUGGAGAGGUUCAUGCAUGGACAAGUUCCUUAUGGUUCCUGGUAUAAACAUGUACAAUCUUGGUGGGAAAAAAGAGAGAAUCCAAAUAUUCUAUUUAUUUUCUAUGAAGACAUGAAAGAGGAUAUCAGAAAAGAGGUGAUGAAAUUGAUACAGUUCCUGGGGAGGAAGCCAUCUGAAGAGCUGGUGGACAAGAUUGUAAAGCAUACUUCAUUCCAGGAGAUGAAGAAUAAUCCCUAUACUAACUACACAAUACUACCAGAUGAAAUCAUGAACCAAAAUAUAUCGCCCUUCAUGAGAAAGGGAAUUGCAGGAGACUGGAAGAAUCACUUUACGGUAGCCCUGAAUGAGAAGUUUGACAAACACUAUGAGCAACAAAUGAAAGGCUCUACGCUGAAGUGUCGAACUGAGGUCUAAGAAUGGCACUUUUCUUCAUCUGCGGUGAAAGAUUUAAUUCAUUUUUUUCUUAGAAGAGGAAGUCACCUGAAGGAUCAUGAGUUAGGUCACAUGUUUAUUAAACUUUUUGACAGGGGAAAUAUUUCUCCCCUCAAACUCUUUCUUACAAAUAUACAAAGCUGUAAUCUAUGGGAAUAAUGUAGGAACACACAGAUAGUUUGGCUUCCUAGAGUUUCAUUAAAAAUACACAAGCAUUCCAAACUACUUUCGUAAUUACCUUUUUCUCUAUUUAGUUUAAAAAUAGGCUUGAAUAAAUAUACUUCAUAUCAGCGGAUAAAUAUACAUUAUAUCAGUGCAUAAACUCCGAAGAUGCUAGAAGAAAGAAAUGUUUAGGCUUUAGGGUUUCCUCUGUUCUAUAUAAAAUCCAAUAAAUGUAAGCUCUGUAUAAUGAA